CCAAGUAAAUUAAUUUAUUGUCCCAUAGAUGUUUGUGGGAUGACCUAUUGUUGUCCAAUUAUGUAAGGUAUUAUUAACUCAUACAUAUACUUUUGUCAGUGGAUCUACAAUGAAGUCAAGAUUCAUGUCCUCAGUUUCAACGAUUCUGGGGCUACUCCUAUUGCUCCAAAUAGCAUCCCGGGUCGGAGCUGCCGCAACCCGAGACCCGAAGACAAGCACACUGUACAAGGACCCAAAGGAACCCAUGAACAAGCGGAUAAAGAAUCUGAUGCAGCAGAUGACAUUGGAAGAGAAAAUCGCACAGAUGUCUCAAGUCGAUCGACAGCAGGCGGAGGCAGACCCCAAGAUCCUUAGGGAUUACUCCAUUGGGAGUCUCAUCACCGCACCCGACAGACCUCCACGAGGCGACCACCGCGCCACCGCGGAGCAGUGGGUGGACAUGGUGAACGGCUAUCAGGGCUGGUCCUUGUCCAGCAGGCUUGGAAUCCCUAUGCUUUACGGGACUGACGCUGUGCAUGGGCAUAACAAUCUCUACGAGGCUACUAUUUUUCCUCACAAUGUCGGCCUUGGAGCGACCAGAGAUCCAGAGCUGGUGAAGAGGAUUGGGGCAGCAACAGCAAUUGAAACCAGGGCUACUGGCAUACCCUUUGCCUUUGCACCAUGCAUUGCGGUAUGUAGAGAUCCAAGAUGGGGUCGAUGCUAUGAGAGUUACAGCGAGGAUCAUAAAGUUGUCGAACAGAUGACGGAUAUUAUUCUUGGCCUACAAGGAGAAAUUCCUCCCAAUUCAAGAAAGAGCGUCCCUUACGUUGGUGGCAAGGACAAAGUAGUGGCUUGUGCAAAGCAUUUUGUGGGUGAUGGGGGCACUGUAAAAGGGAUAAAUGAGAACAACACAGUGACAGAUUGGCAUGGAUUGCUCAGCAUUCAUAUGCCUGGAUAUUACCAUUCCGUUAUCAAGGGUGUUUCCACUGUUAUGGUUUCUUAUUCAAGUUGGAAUGGGGUAAAGAUGCACGCAAACAGGACUCUUAUCACUGGUUUCCUCAAAGGCACCCUCAAAUUCAGAGGUUUUGUCAUCUCGGAUUAUCAAGGUAUAGACAGAAUGACCUACCCCUGGGGAUCCAAUUAUUCAACCUCACUUCAAAAAGCAAUAAAUGCUGGCGUUGACAUGGUGAUGGCGCCACAUAAUAUCACAGAAUUUGUUCAGAUUAUGACGUCCCAUGUGAAGAACAAGUUAAUUCCAAUGAGUCGAAUUGAUGAUGCAGUGAGAAGAAUUCUGAGGGUCAAAUUCUCUUCAGGCCUUUUUGAUAACCCUCUAUCUGACUAUAGUUUGAUUGAUAAAAUAAGAACUCAGGCCCACAGGAAUUUGGCAAGAGAGGCUGUAAGAAAAUCACUCGUGUUGUUAAAGAAUGGAAAAGAUGCCAGCAAUCCUCUGAUUCCGCUCCCAAAAAAUACAUCCAAAAUCUUGGUUGCAGGAACGCAUGCCAACAAUCUUGGACUACAAUGCGGUGGUUGGACAAUCUCUUGGCAAGGGCAAAACGGCCACAACCUCACAACUGGAACAACAAUACUGAGUGCAAUUUCAGAAGCAGUGGAUGCUAGUACAGAAAUUGUCUACAGCGAAAACCCUGACGUUGAAUCAUUGAAGGACAACAAAUAUUCAUAUGCUGUCGUGGUGGUGGGGGAGCAUACUUAUGCCGAAACUGCUGGCGACAAUCUGAACCUUACUAUCCCAGAACCCGGAUUGAGUACAAUGAAGAAUGUCUGCAGCAAAGUUAAGUGUGUGGUGGUGUUGAUUUCGGGACGGCCGUUGGUGGUGGAGCCGUAUCUUCCCAUGAUGGACGCCUUGGUGGCUGCAUGGCUGCCGGGAGGUGAGGGACAAGGGGUGGCUGAUGUGCUCUUUGGGGAUUAUGGAUUCACCGGAAAGUUGCCAAGAACUUGGUUCAAGAGAGUGGACCAACUCCCUAUGAAUGUUGGAGAUGAGCAUUAUGACCCUCUUUUCCCCUAUGGAUUCGGGAUCACAACACAACCCACUGGAGCAAGAUAGAGAUACAUACAUAUACACACAUUAGUUUCUAUAUUUACUUACGUUCGUUUUACAAGUUUUGGUCUAUCUUUAAUUUUCUGUUUGUAUCUUUUUCG